CGAUGAUGACGCCCAUAGGCAUGGAGUAAACAAUCCGAACCCAGCAAAGCAGCAUCCCCCCGCCGCCGAAGGCGCGGCGCAGCAUCCUCUCUCCCCCCGCCGAGCGACCGACGGUACCACCAACCUCCGCCGUCAGCCUAGGCUCGAAGAACCAGCGCGGCGGUGCGUCCCUCGCCUGCAUCCCCAGGUACGCUUAUUCACUCCGCAGGGCAUCGACCACGGGGAUCCCCCCGCACGGCAGGGAAGAAGUUGAUGUGAAAGAGAAUCUAAUCAGCAGGGCUAGUCCUGGCUCGCAUGCUCCAACAUGCUCCAUGCUAAGGAGACACUGAGGAAGAUGUACUCAGUCGCCAAGGGCUACUACUGCGGGGGGCUAGCCGCUCCCAAUCCUUUUCCAGCAGCAUGGGAUCUUAGGCAUUCUCUCAACCCCUCAAGGAAAGCGCCGGGUUUUGUUAACCCAUGCAGGGCCCGUUCAUAUGCGCACAUCGCGGAAAGCUCUGCCGGCCAAGAGAUUGUGAUUGCUCUUGGAAGCAAUGUGGGGGACAGGAUCAGUUCGUUUGACAGGGCGCUGCGGCUGAUGAAAGACUCGGGCAUAAAGAUCACCAGGCACGCCUGUCUGUACGAGACCGCCCCCGAGUAUGUGACCGACCAGCCGCGGUUCCUCAACUCCGCUGUUCGGGGCACGACCAAGCUGGGGCCUCAUGAUUUGCUCAAGAAGCUGAAGGAGAUCGAGAGGGAUAUAGGCCGGACCGCGGGGAUAAGGUACGGCCCAAGGCCGAUCGAUCUCGAUAUUCUCCUGUAUGGCGACUCCCAGAUCAGUACCGAGACCCUGACUGUGCCACAUGAGCGCAUCCAUGAGAGACAAUUCGUUUUAGCGCCUCUUGUUGACCUUCUGGGGUCCUCGGCUGACGAUCAUAUGGAGAAAAGCUGGCACUCCCUCUCGAAGUGCAGCGGUGGGUUCUUUGAUGUGUGGAACGAGCUUGGUAGUGAAUCUUUAAUUGGGACACAAGGUAUCAAGAGGGUUAUGGCUGUUGGAAAUCGUCUGUUGGAUUGGAGUGAGAGGACCCUUAUCAUGGGGGUGCUUAACUUGACGCCGGACAGCUUUAGUGACGGAGGUAAGUUCCAAGAAGUGGAGGCUGCCAUUGCUCAGGCCAAGUUGUUGAUAUCAGAAGGCGCAGACAUAAUUGAUAUUGGUGCUCAAUCCACCAGGCCCUCUGCAACAAGACUAUCUGCAAAUGAAGAACUUGAGAGGCUGGUCCCUGUUCUGGAUGCAAUCGUCAAAAUCCCUGAGAUGGAAGGGAAGCUGAUCUCAGUAGACACAUUCUACGGACAAGUCGCUGCUGAAGCUGUAAAGAGAGGAGCCACCAUGAUCAAUGAUGUAUCUGGUGGACAGCUUGACCCAAGUAUUCUUGAAGUUGUAGCUGAACUUGGAGUUCCAUAUGUUACCAUGCACAUGAGAGGUGAUCCAUCAACUAUGCAGAGUGAACAGAAUUUACAGUAUGAUGAUGUCUGCAAAGAAGUUGCUUCCGAGUUAUACACACGGUUAAGAGAAGCUGAGCUGUCUGGAAUUCCUUUGUGGAGGAUAGUUCUUGAUCCCGGCAUUGGGUUUUCCAAGAAAUCCAGACAUAAUCUUGAAAUAAUCAACGGCUUGAGAUCCAUUAGAGAAGAGAUGGGUAAAGUGAGUUUAGGUGCUUCACAUGUGCCAGUAUUACUUGGACUCUCAAGGAAAAGAUUCUUAGGUGAAAUAUGCAACCGUGCCGAUCCAGUUGAGAGAGAUGCCGCUACUGUUGCUGCUAAUGCAGCUGGGAUUAUGAAUGGUGCUAAUAUAUUAAGGGUCCAUAAUGUUCGUUGUGGCGUGGAUACUGCAAAGGUCUCUGAUGCAUUGCGCAUGGUCAAAUGAAAAAGUGCACCGCCAGAAAAGAAUUGAGACCAGUCUCCAGUUUUGUACAAGAGAAUGGUGAUGUAGAUUUGUAGAGUAGUUACUGUCACAUCAUUGGCUUCUCAGUUCAUACCUCAUACCAUAUCGGGUGUAUGAUCACUUAAUAAAGCAAUGAAAGCUUGUGUA